AUGGAGACAAUUAAUAAAUGGGCUAUAUUAAAGGUUUCGCUGGGCCUGUACUAUGAAUCUCUCUGUCCGUACUGUUCUUCCUUCAUAGUUAACCACCUCACAAAGCUUUUUGAGGAUGGUCUCAUAUCAGUCGUGGACCUUCAUCUGUCUCCCUGGGGCAACUCCAAGCUCCGCUCCGAUAAUGUCACCGUCCUUUGCCAGCACGGUGCGUAUGAAUGCUUCUUGGACACGGUAGAAGCUUGUGCGAUUGAUGUUUGGCCUGAAUUGAGGGAUCAUUUCCCGUUCAUCUACUGUGUUGAGAGUUUGGUGAUUGAGCACAAGUACAAAAAGUGGGAGACUUGUUAUGAGAAGCUCAAUCUGAACUCAAAACCUGUUGCGGAUUGCCUCAGCAGUGGACAUGGAAAAAAGCUUCAGUUGCAGUAUGCUGCAGAAACGAGUGCACUUGAGCCGCCUCAUAAGUACGUGCCAUGGGUAGUCGUGGAUGGUCAGCCACUUUAUGAGGAUUAUGAAAACUUCAUAAGCUACAUCUGCAAGGCUUACAAAGGUAAUGAAGUGCCUGGCGCGUGUGCCAAAUAUUCUUCCAUUGGCAUUCUCAAAGUGAAUCGCUUCCCUCUGGUUUGCUGGAAAGGAGUCAAUACGAUGUGGGAUUUGUUGGAACGUAUCAAAACCUCUAUGUUGUCGUACAUCGACGUCACAGGCUUGCUAUAAAUAACUUCUCUUUCUGUUGUGUUAUGUAGCAUGAUACCCUCCUGAUAAGCUGUGUAGAUUCUGAGAUAUGAUGAAAAUGAUUUAUAUAUCAGAAUGUAUGUUUGUUGGGU